AAACAAAAUCAAUCUCCAAGACGAACAGCUCCAGAUUACAGCGUCGAAGAGGACGAAUUUGGACGACUAAUAAAUCGUGAAAAGCGUAUGAUAUGGCCAGAGCGAAGGCCAAGGGCAAGAGAGGAAUUUGAGCGUAUAAUUCGUUUACCACCAACAGCGGUGCCCAUAAUUUCACCGGCGCCAUCCACAGCUACCGAUAUAUUCUUGAGCAGCACUCGGAGCGUUGUUAAUGAAGUUGAAAAUAAACCAGAUCCUGAAGUCGAACAAGCAUUCAUAGGAGAAACUGUUCUUUGGGCAGCCGCACGAGUCGAUCCAUCAGCUUUUGUGCUCUAUUAUCGAAUUGAUGAACCACUUAGCGACAAAGCUUAUCUUUACAUGGCGUACAAAAACAAUCAAGGACAGCCUUUUCACUUCCCAUUGACUUGUAGAAAGGCGAAGCAUGACGAUGGUAGCGAAUCUACUUAUUGGCGAGUAGAGUAUGGCGACCCAGAAGCCAAAGAAGUUGGUAGCAUAGAAAUUUUCGAGGGCGAGAACUGGUCCCCUAGCUAUGUGACUGCAAUGCCGGUUCCCGAUUUGCAGUUCCCCUGCCUUUCUGCUUUAGUCAGAUAUCAUCAAGUUUUCUCAUACUAUGACAUUAAAACCGGUGCUAUCGAAGCAUUCCCGCUAUGGUCAGGUGACCAAGUAAUUAUCGAUAACGAAUAA